CCAGGAAAGAAGUAAGACGGCAAAAUGCAAACGAUGUCAUCCCACCAGAUCCAUUCCCCUAUCCGUAUCUGUCACCAUGGCGCUCCACACGAGUGGCACGGUGGAAACCGGUGAUGGCGUUUCGCUCGCAUACGACCAAUGGGGUGACCCAAGCAAACCAAACAUCGUCCUCCUCUCGGGCUGGAAUCAGACGGCCGCGCAAUGGCGAAAGCAGUACAGCGCCCUCUCGGACCACUUCCACAUCACCACCUACGACCAUCGAGGCCACGGCGAGUCCGAGAAGACCGAUCACGGCUUCCGCGUGUCCCGCCUGGCUGCCGACUUGGACGAGCUUCUCGUGCAGUUGAACCUGCGGUCCGUCACACUCGUGGGCCACUCCCUGGGCUGUGCCGUCAUUUGGUGCUGGUGCGAUCUCUACCCUAAUCGGCGCAGCACCAUCAACAGCCUGGUCUUCAUUGACCAAGUUGCCGUCAUGCUCCCCAGGCCGCACUGGACGGAAGUAGAAACUAAGCACUACGGCUGCGUCUUCCCCAACGACGAAGUGCCCGACGCCUUCUUCCAAGCGCUGGCUGGUCCUGAUUCUCGAGCCGUCACCUCCGGCUUCGUGGCUUCCAUGUUCACGAGCAACGCUUCUCCCGACGACGUCAACUUCGCUUUGGAGCAGAACGCAAUCAUGGAUUCGAAGCAUGCGGCUGCGCUGCUCCACGAUCACACUAGACACGAUUGGCGUGAUGUCUUGCCGACCAUCAACGUCCCCGCUCUGGUCGUGGGAGGGGCUGGGAGUGUGCAGACUCCCAUCGCGGGCUGCAAGUGGGUCGCUGCGCGCAUCCCAGGUGCUCGGUUCGUUGAGUUUUCCGAGGAGGAGGGAGGCUCGCAUUGCUUGUUCGUUGAAAACCCGACCAAGUUCAAUGCGAUCCUGAAGCAGUUUUUGGAAACGCAGGCUGUCUCGGUGUAGGAGCUGGUAGGCAUCCAUGUGCUUUGAUAUCCUUGUCGUUGUUACAUAUAAGCCUCUGAGUAACAUAUCCAUUCCUCACGAGACUCCUAACUCCGACUCUGCCUCUGCUCCCGCGCCCCUUCCCCCCGCACAAU